AUGAGUACAUGCCAUUCACAAGUAAGCCUGUUACAGGCGAGUACUACGUCCGGAACGAGGACCAUUAUGGUGCUGGCGAAUAACACCAUUUGCGAGCAAAACGGAACAAAUCCAAUUGCAGUGCCGUGAGUCGCAAGUGCCGGCACCACGAGCAAGUCUGCUCAAAUCGUGUGCCCUGGAUGCUGUUUAUGUCUCGGUCUAUUGUUUGCUUAUGCUGUAACUUGUCCCUCGUUCUCUUUGUGAUUUUCUCCUCUCGACUCGUCACCCGGCCAAGAACCGAAAUCGCCAUGGGCUCCAAUACUCCAUUUGCUUGCCCAGUAGUACUGCCUGAUCCCCGAGUCCCAAUCGGGGAAACGCUGGCACGAUGGUCAUACAGCAAUGUGGACAGACCAGCACUUCAUGUUACCCCCGACGAUGAAGGGCACAUUAUUCAGGCAUUGGAAUAUGGGCACGAGCGCCGUCUCACGGUCGUGGUGGCUGGAGGCGGGAAUGCAGCAUUUGUGCCCAUCACGAAAGAUACCCUAUACCUCAGUCUCGACAAGUUCGAUCGACUCGAACUGAACGAGGGCAGCCAGACGGUCACAUUUGGCGGCGGAGUGCGUGCUGGUCGCGUCCUGACGUAUCUUGCUGAGCUCGGAUUCUACACAGUCCUUCCGAGCAGUAAUGCGGUUGGCAUGGCGGGGUUCGUGCUUGGAGGCGGCGGGCAUCAUUUUAUCGGCCUGCAUGGCUUGACUGUUGACAACGUCGAGUCCUUUCGAAUCAUCACCGCCGAUGGAAGGGCCCUUAAUCUAGACAGUACCGCUGCUGGAGAAGAGCGGUCCCUAUUCAAGGUGUUGAACGGCGCUGGCCUUGGAUACGGCGUCGUCGUGUCCAUCACCAUGAAGGUCUAUCCGCUGUCCGGACUUGGGAUGGAAAACAUCCAGUUUGUUACCCGCCGACUCAUAUUCCCAGCCUCUGAGAUACGCGCUGCCGCCGAAGCGCUUGUUUCCUUUGACCAUCUCGAUCCAAAACUAAUUGUAGCCCUCGCCUGUGGCAACGCACCGCCAGGUACGCCAUCUCCUGGCACACCUUUUGUGGUUUUGGAUGCAACAUAUUGCGGAAGCAAGCAGGAAGCAGAGAGGGAGACUGCUGUCCUCUUUGAAGAGAGGCUCGUCGAAAAGGCGAGCAUAGCGGUGACCGUCUGCGAACCGUAUGUGAAUCUCAACGAUGCGACCCCGAACACGACUGGUGGCUACAGAGACAUCAACGUUGCGGCGCUCAAUGCGAUAUCGGCCGGUGCAGUCGAAGAGGCUUUCCAUCUGUGGCUGGCAUUCACUUCUGCAAACGAGGAUGCCAACAGGACGAUGCUGGCAUUCAGUCGAUUCGACACGUCCUUCUCCGAAAAGGCCAGGCAACCUGGUGAAUUCAUCGGGACUAGAGACAGAGGAACCGCAUGCAUUGCGAUGACCUGCUACACCAAACCAGACUUGAGGGACAAGGCUGAGGCAUUUGCGGCAGCGUUCAAGGCCAUCGUCAGGCGAGGCAACGUGAAGAGCGUCCCCAGAACUGUGCUUAAUAACAUGCGGCCUCAUACGAAGCUCGGAGAAAUAUUUGACCAAGAAGCUAUCCUGGAGCUCAGAAGGGUCAAGAGUCUCUGGGACCCUCAGAAUCUGUUUUGGAGUCCUUGGUUUAGAGACACUUAAUCGUUCGAGCGAGCCUCCUCCGUCACCAAACUAGCUUAUGUGAUAAUAUGGUGACGGUCAGCAUUACGGGCAUUCCAGAAAUACGGGCAAUUGUCAGUGUUGCCCGAGUAGUACUGUACUCGGGUGAUAUUUUUGAGUACUCGGGGACUCGCCGAGUACUACUCCGAAUACUCCGAAUACUGCCAAGCCCUUGGAAUGAGGGGUAACUGGGCGUAGAAUAGAAUAGAUAAUUGAAGCUUUCUUCCACU